AUGACCAAUCCAAUAGAGAAUAGAAAUGGGAAAAAACAUUGUAAUUUGAAGGUCGUCCUUCUAGGUGAUUCUUCUGUAGGGAAAUCUUCCUUACUGAUGAGGUAUAUUGUUGGUAAAUUUCAAACGAGUAAUGCUACUAUUGGUGCAGCAUUUAUGACUAAGAAUAUUCAACUCGAUGAUGAAAAAGAUGUGACAUUAGAGAUAUGGGAUACUGCUGGACAAGAACGAUAUAGAUCCUUGACCCCAAUGUAUUAUAGAGGUACAGAUGUUGCCAUUAUAGUAUACGAUGUGACGAGCCCCAUAAGUUUAUCACAUGCGGAAAAUUGGAUUGAUGAAUUGAAUUCUUACAUAGAUACAGACAGAAAACUAUCAUCGUUAAGGAUAAUCCUUGCUGCAAAUAAAGCUGAUUUGUUAGAUGAAUAUCAACAACCUGAAGAAUUAAAGGAAAGUCGAAGUGAUAAGUUCUUUGUGGUUAGCGCAAAAACUGGAGAUGGUAUCUACGAGUUAUUUGAUGGUGCGAUUAGUGAUCUGCCAGAAGAAAUGUUUAUAAAACAAAGCGAAACAGUCGAUAAUAAAAUCAUUCCAAUAGACAAAAAGUUUUACGAUAUCGAUAUAAGUUCUUGUAAUUGUUAA